AUGGACGCCAGCGCCCCCAAUAGCCAAGGGGGCCGUGCCGAGGGCGAAAGGGCGCGUGGGUCGACCAACGCAGAGUCCAAGCAAGCGGCCAUUUUGAUACAGAAGACUUUUCGAGGCCACCGCACUCGGCGGCAGUUGAAAGGCUUUGGUCUGGAUGCGUCAACCAGGUGGUACGAGGCGUGGAAGGCUGUCAAAGAUGCAAAGUUCCAGGACGUGACCACCCCACGCCCUCCACAAAGCCCUCCACCCUCUGCUGAGCAAAACCAUCCCACAUCUCCGGCACGAGAGAGGUGGAAAAUGGUUACAGAGAUCGCACGAAGGGCGGGCGCAGAUGACGCCUCACCCUCCAUGUCGGAUUGCUCCUCAACGGAAGACGAUGGACCGAGUGACUUGGCUCAAGUGAAGACCUCGCCCUCGAGAGAGGAACGGGAACAGGCGGCGAAGAAACGAGCAGAGGCCACCGCGCGGAGGAAAAGGACGGCCAAGAUGAUGGAUCUUCAAUACUUUCUUGAGAUGGUCGACCAGAAACAUCGAUACGGGAGUAACUUGCGCAAAUAUCAUAACUAUUGGAAGUCGCAGGAUACAGAUCAGAACUUCUUCUACUGGUUGGAUCAAGGAGACGGAAAAGACGCCGAGGUGCCCGAGUGUAGCAGAACACGACUGGACGAGGAGCAGGUGCGGUAUCUGUCUCGAGAGGAAAGACAACAGUAUCUCGUCAGGAUCAACGAGGAAGGGCUGUUCGUCUGGGCCAAGAAUGGGGAGCGAGUGUGGACGAAAGACGCGCUAUACAAAGAUAGUGUGCAAGGCAUCGUACCAGCCACCGACCCAACUCCGAGCUUCAAAUACAAUGUCCCGCCGCCUGGGGCAGAGGAGUCCGACUCCAGCUCCAGCUCGUCAUCAGAAGAUGAAGAUGAAAAGAUGGACAACACCGCGGGAGAUGAGGGCGAACGGUAUGUCAAUGAAGAUUUCCACCGAGCAAGAGGGAUUUCAAAGAUCAAGCACGUCAGCCCCGCGGUCCUUUUCAACCAUAUGAUCAGGACGUCUCUGAAGAAAGGCCAGAAAUGGAUCUUCGUGGCAGACACUUCAUGCCGCUUGUUCAUUGGGUACAAGCAGUCCGGGGCAUUCCAGCAUUCGUCCUUCUUGCAUGGGGCUCGGAUUCUGGCCGCGGGCAUUAUCAAGAUCAAAGACGGUCAGUUGCGAAGAUUGUCUCCGUUGAGCGGACACUAUCGGCCACCAGCUGCCAAUUUCCGCACAUUUGUCCACAGUCUGCGGGAGGCAGGUGCCGAUAUGUCGCACGUCUCGAUCUCAAGGAGUUAUGCUGUCUUGGUGGGCCUGGAAAGCUACGUUCACACACGAAGGCGAGUCAAGACGGCCGAAAAGAUGGUCAUUCGAGAGAAGGACAAAGUUCUCCAUCCCGAGAAGAUCAAGGAGGAGGAGGAGGCCAAUCGUGACAAAUCUCAAAGUGCAGAGAAGGAGCGUCUUUGGUUGGCACAACAACGCGAAGCCGCGGAGCGAGAGGCGUGCCGGAAGCAGGAGGCGUCUCGACGCCGAAGCGGGAGCGAGAAAUUCUCCCGUUUACUUUCUAGGAUCAAGAGUGGGAAGACCAGCGCCAGUGCAGAGCUCAGCAGUAGUAAUAAUAAAGGCCUCACAGGUGGCCAUGGCGGGGAGAGAAGAGUCCCAGGCACAGGCCCGGAGGAUGGCAUUCCCCCGCCAGAAGGAGAGCGGUGA